ACGUCAUCACAGUACCAUUCCGCGCCACGCGACGGCAACAUCACGCAUUUGCUUCAUUCAGCUUACAAUCCACGAAGAAACGCUUGUUUCCGCAUAAAAAGCGAUUAUAAACAGCGAAUCUUACUUGCAUUUUUUAGCGAAUUUGGAUACUAUAUUUUGUAUUUCAGUAGAUAUGAAUUCGCUUGUGGGAUACGGGGUCUCGUCUGAAUCAGAGGAUGAAGAGACGGGGGAGGGCAAUGGAAAUGAGUCCUUCAAAAAGACUGACGGUACUGCAGAGGAAACGAAAAGCCGUAAUUUCCUGCUGGAGUCCGAGUCACCUUCCAGCGAGUCUGAAUCUGGUCCAGAUAAUGAGGAUGAAGAGGUGAUCAAACACCCAUCCUUGAAGCCCUUGCUGACCCCAACCGCCCAUCCUCACACUCAGAAGCUCCCACCUCCGCCCCUGGGAGGCUCCGGCUCAGGUGGAGUUCUCACAGGCAGCAGUGUGUUCACAAACCCAUUCAAAGAAAUGGCAGAUGAGAGACUACAUGUCCUGCAGAAACACGUACCUCUUACUCUACAAGCCUGCCCCACCCAGAUCGGUGGCAAGCGGAUAUGUUUGGCUUACAGAAAGAAUGGCCGGUGCCGUUUUGGAAGCAGCUGCAAGUUUGCACAUGACAGUGAUCUGCAGAAUAACCGGACGGUCACCUCUGACAAUGCACCAAAAGACAAUGCCACUGCCAGUGCUGCUGGGACACAGGAUCAUUCUUCCUGUGAUGUUAACAGGGAGGCAGAUGAUGAUGAUAAAGAGAGUGAACGGCGGAAAAAGAAGAGAGUAGGGGUUAAUGAUUCUCUUAUUCCACCAAAACGUGCUCUUAAGAUGUAUGCAAGGCUCUCGCAUCCCUAAAGAAGACUUUACCACACACUUUAAGAAUAACAAAUAAGUAUUGGUUGCUAAAUGUUGCAAGGGAUCUUGUGUUAUUGCAUGUAUAAUGUGUAGUAAUGGACAGAAAUAAAGAUGUACCAUUUCAAAAAAGGACACUACUGUAAAUCAGAUCCUUCAGGAAAAAUAUUUAUAGUACUGCAUCUUAGUAACUUAACUUUGUGGAACACAAAUGUGAAAAUUCUUUUACAUAUAUGAUAUGAUACACAGUUGCAAGUAUCAUUUUUAUAUCUAAUUGUACAAUUUGGGACAUUAAUUUUAAAUGUGAAUACAUGUUUGUUG